AUGAGGAGAAGAAAGGAUGGUAUUUUGAAGCAGGAUGGUGUCUGCGUUGACUUUUGCUUUAAACAUGGAGCAGUAAUCAAUGGACAGUUUAAGUGUCACGCUAUUCAUCGUUCGGUUGAGUGGAGUCUUACUCCCGGUAUGGCCAUGCAUUGCUGUUCAGAAACCCGAUAAAUUUAUGGGUAUGAACUUGUGAAAACGAAAACUCGUGUCGUUGGAGGAGUUGCUGCUAUUGUGAAAUAUCGGAAAGAGAAGGAAGUAAAUUUAAUGAGGAUGGACAGAGAAGACGAAAUAAGGAGUCGCUCCAGACACCUUUCCCUCAUAUCAGUAACAUCACUUCAUAUCAUACCAUACCAUAUCAUACCGUAUCGUCGUACCAUACCACCUCCAUCGAGCACUUUGUUUGUCCGCCGAGAAACACAUCGAAUUAAACUCUUCACCAAUAACAAUAGUAUAAUUUUGAAUGGAAGUGGUCGAUGGAUGAUGUUCGAAGUGACUCCUCAAGACUACGACGUGGUUCAUUGUCCCCCUCCCCCAUUCCCAUCUCCCCGCGACACGACAGCGAUCGCUCUUCACCAUAUGCUUUCUUUUAUCCUCGUCAAACAUUUACCGGUUGAUGUCGUUUCUGUGAUGGUUGAUGAUGGCGAUGUCCGGUGA